CCCUGACUUAUUCAACUCGCGACCUGCAGCCCGUUUUGAAGUACGUAACGUAUCACAUUUUUGGCCCUAGAUUUUCGAAAUCCCUAUUGUUUUCUUUCGUAUAUUUCCUUCUUUGUCGGUGUGAAUGCCGAAUGGUAAUUUAACAAUGGAGUGUCCUCAUAUUUCUGUUAAUGUUAAAAUUGACUCCAAAGUUGUGAUCAAAGAUUCAUCCAAAGACUGGCAAUGCGCAGAAUGUCUUUCAACUGUAAGUCCAUGGAUUUGUUUGUACUGUGGUGUAGUCCUGUGUGGUCGAUACGUAAAUGGCCAUGCUAAGCGUCACUCAGAAUCACAAGUGAAUCAUGUUGUUUGCAUGGAUUGUGAAAAUUUAUCUGUAUUUUGUUAUUCUUGUGACGAAUUUGUGGAAAACGAUACAAACAAUAGUCAUAUAUCUCGUUUAAGAGCUGAAUUUCACUACAAUGGAAAAAGAUCGAAAACACCAAGCGAAAACACAGAUCAAGAAGGCAGUGAUUCGGCGCAAAACUGGAGUAGCUCUUCCUCUAAUAGCGAACAGAGUGGUCGGAGAUUGCGACCUCGAUCCAGGAAAAGGUCCAGCUCCUUUGAAAGCAGCUCCAGCCUCACAGAAAAUGGAGAAUGCAAAAGUACUAGAUCAAGGAAUGGUGAUGAAAAGCGGCUCAAACGUACGAGUAUCUCCAGUGAAGACACACCAUCAAAAGCGAAGAUAGCAAAAAAAGUUGUCGGCCUAAGAAAUUUAGGCAACACAUGUUUUAUGAAUGCAGUACUUCAAUCAUUAAGUAAUAUCUCUCAGUUUACCCUGUACUUCAAAAGACUGCCUUCUUUAGACACAAGUAAAUUAAAUUCUCCAUCACCCACGGGACGUAAUCGACUGUAUCAGUCGAGGUCUAUCAAGGAGCUUAGUGAUGCAGUCAUGGCAGAGGAACUUCGGAAAGUCCUAAUCAAUCUAACUGACCAUGGCACUAAGGGUGCCAUCUCUCCAGAAUCAUUGUUCCUUGUCAUCUGGAAAGUUGUCCCGCGUUUCAGGGGCUAUCAACAGCAAGAUGCACAUGAGUUUCUACGCUAUAUGUUAGAUAGAUUACAUACGGAGUUAUUACAUCUUCUGCCGAACUCAACUUUUAAAGACAGUUCUUAUUUCUCUCUUGGUCAGAAGAGUCGCUCAUCCAUAGUCACGACUGUUUUCGGAGGCAUGCUUCAAAGUGAGGUCCGCUGUUUGAACUGUAGUGUAGAGUCAAAAAAGCAUGACCCUUUUCUGGAUCUUUCUUUAGAUAUUCCUGAUGUUAAGUGUCAACAAACUAACAAUAAGAAAUCGAAAGUAGAAUCAACGCCUUUGUUUACAAUUUUAGAUUGUUUAACUAGUUUCAUCCAAGUGGAAGAACUAGCAGAGACAGAACUUUACUACUGUAACAACUGUAAAAGCAAGCAGAGAUCAACUAAACGCUUCUGGAUCAGAAGAUUACCGAAUGUUUUGUGUUUACAUUUGAAAAGAUUUCGGUGGAACAACUUCUUUCGCACCAAAAUCGACACAUCAAUCGCCUUUCCGGUGACAGCUUUAGAUAUGUCUCAAUUCGUUCUGAGCGAUCUGCGAGACACACGCCUCUCUGGGACAGGUACUAAUUUAUACGAUCUAGCAGCUGUGAUAGUUCAUCACGGGUCAGGGGCUGGUUCAGGCCAUUACACAGCUUUCGCAGUGAACGAAGGACAGUGGUUUCACUUUGAUGAUAGUUCAGUCCGAAUUUCAACAAUGAAAGCGGUUGAAAAGUGCAAGCCCUACAUAUUGUUUUAUAUUAGAAGAGAGUUUCGCUUACCUUCUGUUCAAUCGUGAAGGUGUAACGUUUGAAACUUGUACUUGACAUGAAGCUACUAAUGUGAUCUCUGUUGGAAGAAGUUAGUUUCUCUUAAAGUUUAUUUAUUGCGACAGUUUUCUCUUUUUUUUCUCUAUCUUCAAGUGAGCUUUUAGGAGAUCUGUAGUUAAAGAUUUUUUGAACUGUACAAUUUUGUCGAUGAGUUCUCUUUUUGACAGGAGGCUUUUGGAUCCCUUAGAGAUCUAGUUUUUGCACCAGAAAUUCUCAUGCCUAGAAAAGGAAUAAAAAAAGAAUUAUUUACUAAAGUUCCUCUCGAUAAAGCAAACUAGUUCUCUGUUGAAAAUUCAAGGUAUCUUUUGUAUUCGACCGUGAUUUUUUUGUUUUUCGAACCUCUUGCAUUUUUUGUUUAGAUUGUAAAUUAUCUCUGUGAUUUAUUUUAUUUUGUAACCUCAAUAAUUCUACUCUAUCAUUGUGAUGAAACAAAGAAUUUCACCACAAAAUCGAACCUAAGUCAUAAAAGAAUUAUAAAAUAGACUAUUCCGGGCGGUUUAUUAAUCGUGUCAGAACUGAUUUUAAUGUUAUAAGAAUAUAGACUUCUUCAUGAACCGUGUCAAAUGCUUUGAUGCAGUAAUGUUUCUCAGCUUCAUAUAUUUUGAAUGAUUCGUCUUUAUCUACUUCUUUGUCCAACGUACAUUAAUGAUAUCUAAUCUCUCGAAUAUUUGUUAGUGUUAAUGAAUACUAAUGUACAGAUUUUACUCUAUGACAAGUAUAUCAAUAGCUUUCAUAGGAGGGAUUUGCCCUCAGCAGAAUCAAAAGUGGCAGAGAUUUUUAAAGUGUUUCUAUUCAGAAUUGAGAUGUUUAUUUUGCUCAGUUUCAACUUAAGCUCCAUUACUGCUCAUAUUUUUGUCUACCUCCUCUAGUUGCAAAUUAAUUAGUUGUUAUUUUCUCUCCUUUUUUAAAUUUUUUUUUUUAUCCAAGUAUUCAACUUUAAUUACCCAUUUUGAAAUUAUUCAAAUAUUUGCCGCAAUUUUCAUGAGUUUCAAUGACUGACAUAGAUUGGGGUCAAUGUUCAUCAGAGAACUUGGCAAUCGAUGUAGGCACAGUCUUAAUUUAUUUCUUCAUCAUUGACUCAUUACUUUCUUGACCAUUUACUUUUGAGUUUUGUACGCUAAGUUUUGUUCCUUUUAAUGUAUCCAAAGUCUUGUGCAUGAAGCUGUAGAUAGACUGUAAUCUUGGAAGGAAUUUUUUUAGAUUUUUGGUACCAUGUAGCAUCUCCCCUUUCGUAGACAGAUAGCAUUGCUCAAUAAAUCUUGGACCUCUUUCAUACAGGUAUGAAGGUUCUUAAGAAAAUUACUCCUAAUCAGAAUUUCCAAUUUUAGAUGGAUGUGCUCCAACCUGUUACCGGAGUAAUUUUGAACAAUUAAGAAAUGAAAUUUUCUUUAAAACGUAAAUAAGUUAGUCCAUCUGCUAAGUUUAAUGCUCAGACUGUCCUCAUCAUUUAGUCAGCUUAUCAAUAUUUUGAUAAUUUUAUGAUCGGAAAACACUUGCAGAAAAUACUAGGGUUCAAACAUUCCUCCAUCUGCUAUUAUUAAUUUAUGAAAUCCCAACUUACAAUAGUCCUAAAUAAGUAAAAAAAAUUGGUAAAAGAACACCUUGAAGAUCAGCCCUAGAGAUUAAAGCAACAGUAUAGAAGAAGAAAUAACUAAAAAAGAAAUCACUUGUAUGAGUAUCAAAAUGACUAUCAGUGCAGUAUUUAUAAGUGGAUUUUUUACAGAAAACUGUAUCUGGCCAGAUCAAUUUCUUUUUGGGGAAGUGGAAUGCCAGAAAGAGGAAUUUUUAGGAAUGUUCUCAAUGGUUCUUCAAGGCAUCAGUGAUCAUUGUUUGUAAUUAUGUAUGCACUGAAUAUGUGAGAGUGAGUGAUUUGCCUAUCAAAGUUUUCCUGGAAAGGUUCCACUUCAAUCCUGGUUCCAUCUCAAUCUUUGACAUGGAUCAACAUUUGUACUCUAUUGUAGCAUAUGUAGCAACAUUCUAUUGUUGUGAAUAUUUUUCUUUAUUUUUUAUUUAACGCAUUUUCGAAUUUCCCAUAGUUGAUACCGUGCAAUACUCGUGUAAUGGCUCCACCGAAAAUCAGACUUUUGAUUCUCAAUUAGGUACUAUGUUAACUUAUUCAAAUUUCACCCACCCUGAAUCUUCUAAGUGAAAAAUAUAUACCAGUUAAGUCGAAAAAGCCUGCGCUCUCUUCUAAAAAUCAGAUAGGCACCAAUAAUUAAGCCUUGACCUUGACAUUUGAAGGAGUAUUUUGAUAGUGUGACACAGGCUAUAACUCUUGUUUAAAUUCUAACAAUACAAUAAGAAUACGCCUCAUUAUCAGAUGCUGAUGAUACGCACUGUCACAAAAAGAGAGGGGAGGAUAAUAAUUAAAGCUUUAGGUUAUCAAUGAUAGCAGUGGCGUGGCGUGCUUUGCGACGUAUCAAUUGAUCAGUCAUUUAAACCUAUGGAAAAGGAUCGAUGAACAGGGUGUUCAUAGCGAACAUCUUAAGAAUCGAUUCUUUACCAUAGGAUUAAAUGGCAUAACAAUCGAUACAUCGCAAUUCACGCCACGCCACUGAAUGAUAGACGAUGAAUUCCUCUUCCGUACUCGACACAUAAAUAAAUGUUUCUCAGAAAUUUCAUUAAAUAUAAAAAAAAAUUUGUUGAUGAUUCGUGUCGGUUUUGAUUACUUACUUAACUUUCAUGAAUAUGUAAUUCCAAUGUCUGCAAAUUAUAAUGGUAUUUUCUAAAGUUGAAGUCCUGACCUUAGGAAGUACUCAAAUGGUGUUUUUCCCUUCAAUAACGUUUGUUACCUUCCAACCUGGCAGUUUAAUCUAUUCUCAGCGCUUGAGACAGGGCCUGUUGAUAACUUCUGCUAGAGUAAAAAGAAGUAUUGUUUUCUAUAGAAAAUGGCUCAAAAAUCAUAAUAAAUGCAUCGGGGAAGUCUGAAAGUCACUCCUAACUUCAAAAUCUGCGUAAAAAAUAUUAAAUUUUUUUGAGUUCUUUGCUUCAGAAAAGCUAUGGCACAGGUGAACAUUUCUUAAGAGGAGUCUUUCCUCUAACCUUUGCCCACUAAAAUACUACACAAUAUUCAACAUGACUGACACCAACCCACAGAAACACAUGUAGCAAGACAGAAUUUUAUCAAUCAGCGUGUUUAUAUUUACAUUUCCUUCUCAAAGAUAUAGACUAUGAUGCUUUCUCAUGAUUUGCGUUGGGAAGCGUCAGCUAUGUUGAAUAUCGUUUAGCAUCCUAGUGCAAAAAGAUUGGAUGGGCAGACUCCUCUUACGAAAUAUUCACCUGUGUUACAGUAUUGUUUUUGAAGCGGAAAGCCUAAAAAAACGCUUACUUCUUACGCAGAUUGCAAUGUGAAAAGUGCAUUUCAGACUUUCCCGAUACACUCAUUGUGAUUUUUGAGUCAGUUUUUAUAAGACUUAACUCUUCUUUUUGCUCUAGCGAAGGUUUGCAACAGGCUCAUGAAGUAGGAAUUCUCAGACAUAAAUUAAACGCAUGAAUUCUUAAACUUUUUUGUUUUUACUAAUGACGCUGUACAUAACUUCGAAUGAUCGUUGUUUGAUUUAAAUAAAUUUCUUUAUUUCUUGCUUAUUUCUCCUGGAAUCGUGACAUCAGUUCAACUUGUGCACACAAGUUUAUUUUCUAUGUUGCUGUUUAAUUUUAACUCUAUUUUUCUCGGCGUCAGCUCUUAAUAUGUCUAAGCUGUACAUUGUUUAUCAUAAGAGUUAAUAUAGUAAAACAGUAUUGUCUGUCUAAAAUGUAAAUAUUUUUAGUAUCAAAAUACAUUGAAUUGCAUUUUUGAAAUGUA